AUGUCUCAGUGGAGAUGCCUCAUCCGUAUCAGCUUUUUGCUGACCAUUCUCCUGGAACUGACAUGCCAGGGACCUUCUGGGCCCUCCUCAUCAAGCACAAAGCUGCUGAUGAAAAGCUAUUCCAUGCAUUCUACUGUGGUUUCCCGCUACGCCCACACCUUGGUCACCUCUGUCCUGUUCAGUCCUCAUGCCAAGGCUCAUGAAGUCAUUUUUGACCUGGAUCUGCCUCGUCUCACCUUUAUCUCCAAUUUCACCAUGACCACCAACAAUAAAGUCUACAUUGCAGAAGUCAAAGAGAAGCACCAGGCAAAGAAAAUCUAUGAGGAAGCCCAUCAGCAAGGAAAAAAUGCUGCUCAUGUAGGCAUCAGGGACUGAGAAUCAGAGAAGUUUCACAUCUUCACCAGCCUGGCAACAGCCACAAAGGUGACUUUUUUUCUCACCUACGAGGAGCUGCUGCAGCGGCACCAGGACCAGUACCAGCUGGUGGUGAGCCUGAGACCCCGACAAUUGGUGACAAGGCUGAGUGUAGAGAUCACAGUGUCAGAAAAGACAGGCAUUGGAUAUCUUCACGUACCACCUCUGAGGACCAGCCGCCUGCACACCAACACCCACACAAGUGAGGCUGACUCACCCCCAUCCACCAGGAUUGAGAGGGGAGAGACCAGUGUCCGAAUUACCUUCUGCGCGACACUGCAAGACCAGUCUGCCUUCUCCGGUUCAGGCAUCAGGGCCGACUUCGUGGCCCAGUAUGAUGUAGUCAUGGAGGACAUCGUUGGAGACAUCCAGAUUUGCGAUGGCUAUUUUGUUCAUUAGUUUGCACCCAGAAGCCUUCCACCUGUUAAGAAAAAUGUGGUGUUUGUUAUUGACGCGAGCAGCUCCAUGUUUGGUACCAAAAUGAAGCAGACUAAAAAGGCCAUGAGUGUGAUCCUUGGUAACCUGCCAGCCAGCGACUACUUCAACAUCAUCUCCUUUUCUGACACAGUUAGUGUCUGGAAAGCCAAAGGCUCCAUCCAGGCCACCAUCCAGAAUGUCCACAGUGCCAAGGACUACCUGGGGCACGUGGAAGCUGCUGGCUGGACUGACAUCAAUGCAGCUCUGCUGGCAGCUGCUUCAGUGCUGAACCAUAGAAACUAGGAGCCUGGGAGGGGCCCCAGUGUGGGAAGGAUCCCUCUCAUUAUCUUCCUGACAGAUGGGGAGCCCACGGCUGGAGUGAUGACUCCCAGUGUGAUCCGCUCCAACAUCCGUCAGGCACUGGACAACAGAGUGUCCAAGGUCAGCUUGGCCUUUGGGGAUGAUGCUGACUUCCCACUGCUGCGUCGCUUGUCCCUAGAGAACCAAGGAGCAGCCUGGCGCAUAUAUGAGGACACCAACACAGCCCUACAGCUGGAGGGCCUCUAUGAAGAGAUCUCCAUGCCUCUGCUGGUAGAUGUGCAUCUGGACUACCUGGGUGGCUUGAUUGGGGCCUCCCCUUGGGCCUUUUUCCCCAACUACUUUGGUGGUUCAGAGCUGGUGGUGGCAGGCCAAGAACAGGAAUUGGACAUCUACCUGGCAACCCGUGGCCCCAGGGGUCAGCUUCUUGUGGCCUGCCACAGUGAGGUAGCCACCAACAACAGCCAGAAGGUCUUUGGUUGCCCAGGGGAGCCAGCCCCCAAUGUAGCCCACUUCAUACGCUGCCUCUGGGCCGACAUCACCUCUGGAAAACUGCUGGAGACACAGUUCCAAGCUCACGAUGCCAGCACUCACCACCUGCUGGCUGCCAAAGUCCUCAACCUGUCCUUUGAAUAAGAUUUUGUCACACCUCUGACUUCACUGGUCAUGGUGCAGCCCAAAGAAGCCACUGAAGAAGUCAGGAAACAGACUUUCACCGCAGAUGGACUAAGCACCAUCAUGCCCUCAUCCACCAGCAGUCAUGGCCUAAGGGCAGGCACAGCCCAGCCAGCCUUGGUUCCCAAGGUUUCUCCCAAAUCAAGGCUUGUGAAACCAAAGUUCUACUUAUCCUCAACUACACCUGCCAGUUCCAAGGAGUUGGAGCCACUAGGUCAGAGCCCUAAUACCCUAGCCACCCUCACACACCCAAAGCCCCAAAUUCCAGCACAACAGGAUUCUGGCAACUUGGCUCAGCCAACAUUUAGGGUACCACCUGCUGCCAUUGUGCCCUCAUAUUCUGGUGGCCUAUUGCUUCUGAAGCCCAGCACGCCAUUACAUCAGAAUUCUGGUACCCUAUUACCCAUGAAUUCCAAGACACAAGUCCCACCUCUGAAUCCUAGCACCCCAGCCCAGCCCAAAGCUGGCUCUAUGAAACAUGUUACUUUGCUCUAUUCCAAACCUGGUUCUUCAUCACAACCUAAACUAGAUGCCCCAUCACACCCCCAACCUGGGGUACUUACAUCACAGUCACCCAAAAGCCCAUCACAGCCCAGGGUUGGAGUCUCCAUGCAUCAGAUUGUCAAAUACCCAUCACACACCAGAGCAAGGGUUCCUGCUCCUAAGACCCCAAACAACCUGCCGUACCCUAGACCUGGGAUCCUCUCACCCAAGACCCUUAAAAUCCCAUCACCUCUUAAACCUAGUGCCCCACCUCAUCAAACUUCCCUAAGCUUAUCACUUUCCAAACCUAAGACAACAAUCCCCAAUAAACCCAAAAUCUCAUUACCCCACAGGCCUGACAAACUCAGGUCCCCACCUCCUCAGAGCCUUAGCAUACUUCCGAGCACUAUCUCAAGUCCUACAAGUCCCAGCAGUUCCAUGACAAUUUCUGUCCUUGGAGAGCCCCUCCCUACUCUCUUUCACCCCACUCUGCCCUCUCUGCUGCCCCCUGGAAGGCUCUGGCAUCAGCAUGACCUGUUGCCAGAGCCCCAAUGCACCAGGAAAAUUCUGGGACCAUCUGUGUCAGGAGUCCCGAUGAUGGGCCUACCCAACAGCUCCAGGCCUAUGCCAGAAGGCAACCCCCCAAACCUGCCAGUCUUGCUGCCUUCUAGCACCCUCUCUGAGGCGGUCAGCCUGCUCCUUAUCCCUGAGGAGCUACAGCUGCUCUCUGAGUCAAUGGAGGAGUCCAAAUUUGUGGAGUCCUUGAACCCACUGGCUUUCUAUACCUUCCUCACUCCUGACAAAGAUGAAAAUCCACAUUGGGACAGCAAUUCUGAGGAGAUCCUGGGAGGAGCUGGAGACAGCAUGGAAUCUCAGGGAAGUUCUUCAGGGCUAGCACAAAGCACGUUACCAAGCAUCUUCACCUUCUCAUCCUCGGUGGAUGGGGACACCCACUUUGUGAUCCACAUCCUAUGCUCAAAAGAGAGGAUCCACUUCACACUAGAUGGGUGUCCAGGGGACCUACUACAGCUCAUAGAUGACCCAAAGGCAGGGCUGCAUGUAUGUGGACAGCUGCUGGGGACACCAUCAAGGCCAGGGCACAAGGACUACUUCCAGACCAUCACAGUUACUAAAGACAAAUCCCGGACCUACCCUAUCACGAACCGCAGUUCCAUAUCCAUACAAGGUGAGGGUACCUUGCUUCUGUCCUGGGACCAGUCGGCCCUGCUGAAGAGGUCCCAGCUGGAGCUCCAUGUGGCUGCCGCAGCCCACCUCAUCCUCUGCCUUGGGCCCCACCUUGAAUUCCUAGUCCUCCAGCACCGCUACCAGAACCCCAGCACCCCACAACUACCCCACCUGGGGCUCUAUGUGAUCAAUGGCUCAGGUCUCAGCCCCUUGGCCCUUGGCCUGCUAGGACAGUUCCAGCAUGCGGACAUCCAGCUGGUGGCAGGGCCUAUGGGGCCAAGCUUGAGGAGGCACCAGGACCCAGAUGUGCCUGUGAUCCUAGGCAAGAGGCUGCUGAAGGACUCACCAAGGCUGCCACCCCGCUGGGCUUCCUGCUGGCUGGUGAAGCACUCUCAUGUACAGCGGCUGCUGGGCCACCCCUACAUUGCCUAUGUCCUGUGA